AUGAACAAAGCUUUUCGCGCUUCGCUGAUUUCAGCCGCUUGCCUGGCCGCUUUCGGUGCCGCCAGCGCCGCCACCGACACCGCCAACAUGACCGUGAAGAUCACUGUCACGGCUACCUGCGACAUCCACACCGUUGCACCGACUGAUGUUGAUUUCGGUUCCGUCGCAUCCACCGCCACCAACGUCGCUGCGACCGGCGGCGUGCUGACCGUCAACACCACGCGCCAGAUGAAAAACGGCACCGCCAACUUUGUGGGUUACGGCCUGUUCCGCGAUGCGGCCUUCUCCAACGCCUGGGGCUCGACUGUUCCGCUGUCGGCUGCCGGCACGGGCAACGGCGCGAACCAGAACUUCACCGUUUACGGCCGCGUGCCAUCUGCUGCUUCGGCUGCAGGCGCCUACACAGACACCGUCAUCGCCACCGUCACGUAUUGA